CAAAACAUUGAAGAAAAUAUGACGAUAGCAAUGGAAGAGGCCCCUGAGAGUUUUGGGCAGGUGGUGAUGCUGUAUAUCAACUGCAAAGUCAACGGACAUCCAGUGAAAGCCUUUGUUGACUCAGGUGCCCAGAUGACCAUCAUGAGCCAAGCCUGUGCUGAAAGGUGCAACAUCAUGCGGCUGGUGGAUCGGCGGUGGGCCGGCAUCGCCAAGGGCGUGGGGACACAGAAGAUCAUUGGCAGGGUGCACCUAGCUCAGGUCCAAAUUGAAGGGGAUUUCCUGGCGUGCUCCUUCUCAAUCCUUGAAGAGCAGCCCAUGGACAUGCUUCUAGGACUGGAUAUGCUGAAGAGGCAUCAGUGCUCCAUCGAUCUCAAGAAGAAUGUCCUGGUGAUUGGCACCACUGGCUCACAGACCACCUUCCUCCCAGAGGGGGAGCUGCCUGAGUGUGCCCGCCUGGCCUACGGGGCGGGGCGGGAGGACGUGCGCCCCGAGGAGAUCGCAGACCAGGAGCUGGCAGAAGCAAUACAGAAGUCUGUAGAGGAAGCAGCUGCUGCUAGAUGGUACCAGGAAAAUCAAGUGACAGAACAGGGAACUGGAAAGAGAGAGAACAUAGUGGAGGACCAAGGAAGCUCAGCUCCCCGCAAGACCUGUGUUCUUUCAUAA